AUGAUUAGAUCAUUGAAGAAUACUAGAAUUGAGUUGAAUUGUUGGAUGGACAAGAAAGAUGAUAUGUGGAGGCAAAGAUCAAGAAUUAGUUGGCUGAUAUCGGGAGAUAGGAACACCAGGUUUUUCCAUGAGAAAGCUUCUGCAAGAUACAAAAAGAAUUUCAUAGAGGGUUUGUUAGAUGAGAAUGGUAGGUGGUUGGAGGGAGAUGAGCACGUGGAGGAGUUGAUGUUGCAGUACUAUGAAAGGCUUUUUACUAGUAGUGGUCCUACGGAUUUUGAAGAAAUCUUAGAUGUAGUCCAACAUAAAGUCGCCCCAAGGAUGAAUCAUGUAUUUGUAAGAGAGUUUACAGAAGUUAAAGUGAAAAAUGCCAUUAAGCAAAUGUAUCCGUUGAAGUCUCCUGGACCGGAUGGCAUGCCUCCAUUAUUUUAUCAACACUUUUGGCCCAUGAUUGGUGUUGUGGUUACUUCAACUGUUUUAGCCUUCCUUAAUUCAGCUUAUGAAAUGAUGCAACAUAUUAGUCAAAAGAAGAGUGGUAGAGUGGGUGAUUUGGCUCUAAAACUUGAUAUGAGUAAGGCAUAUGAUGGGGUAGAGUGGAUAUGGUUGGAAAAAAUUAUGCAAAGGUUGGGUUUUGAUGAUAAAUGGUGUGCUUUGAUUAUGAGUUGUGUCACUACUGUUUCUUAUUUUGUGAAGAUUAAUGGCAAACCUAAAGGGCAUAUUGUUCCAAGUAGGGGAAUAAGGCAGGGUGACCCUCUAUCUCCAUAUCUAUUCUUGCUAUGUGUGGAAGGUCUUUCUGCUCUUAUUAAGAAAGAGGUGGAGAAUGGAAGGCUGGGGGGAGUUGCGGUUUUCCGUAGGGGUCCCAUAAUAUCCCAUCUUUUCUUUGCCGAUGAUAGUCUCAUUUUUUGUAAAGCUUCCUUGGAGGAGUGUGAUGCCCUCCAGAGGGUGUUGCGGGUUUAUGAAUGUGCUUCGGGCCAGCAGUUAAAUCAUACCAAAACUUCUCUGUUUUUUAGUAGUAAUACUCCUAUGGAUAUUCAAGAAAUUAUUAAAGAGAGGUUUGGGGCCCAAGUGAUUAAGCACCAUGAAAAAUAUCUUGGUUUGCCGUCAUUGGUGGGUAGGAAUAAGAAAACUAUUUUCAAUUCUAUUAAGGACAAACUAAGGAAAAAGCUUGCUGGUUGGAAAGAGAAGUUAUUGUCUAAGGUAGGAAAAGAAGUGUUGAUAAAAGCUGUGGCACAGGCAAUUCCGACGUAUACUAUGAGUGUUUUUAAAUUGCUAGACUCUCUUUGUGAGGAUUUGACGUCUAUGAUACGUAAUUUUUGGUGGGGGCAAAGAAAUGAAGAGAGGAGGAUAGCUUGGAUGAGUUGGAAAAAAUUAUGUGCUCCAAAAAGUUGUGGUGGGAUGGGAUUUAAAAAACUUAAGGAGUUUAACUUGGCUUUAUUGGCUAAGCAAGGGUGGAGGCUUCAACAAGGUCAUGAUUCAUUGGUGUAUAAGGUUGUUUUGGGCAAUAAUCCCUCAUUUACUUGGCGGAGUAUUAUGUUUGCUCAACCCCUUAUUAAAAAUGGUUUACGGUGGAGGCUUGGUAAUGGUGAGAGUAUCCAGAUUUGGGGUGAUAAAUGGCUGCCUAAGCCUUCAACUUUCAUGGUUUCAUCUCCUAGAUUGUUUAUGCCACAUGAUAUGAAGGUUGGAGAAUUGAUAAAUAAGGAUGAGGCUUCGUGGAAGGCUGAUGCUAUAGAUGCUCUAUUUGUGCUGGAUGAAGUAGAGGUUAUAAAGAAGUUCUCAUCUGCCCGAAGAUAA